GGCGUGGAAAAGGGCGUGGAAGCUCCACCUCUGCCAGGGAAAAAAGAUGGGGCCCAGGAACUGGAAGUUCGGCGGUGGAGCCGCUCGCAGCGACUUGCAGAUCAGAUCGCGAAACUUCAACAUUCGCAGCCAAACCGUAGACGACAACUACGAUACCCUUUUCUCCGGCACCGCCCAACCUCCGAAUAACUUCCUGAGACCUACUCUAAAUUCCCACUCAACAAUAACACUCCGGUGCAACCCGUCCCUCCCAACUCCGCCCAGCAACCAUGGCAACACCACCACCACCAUCAUCACCACCUUCCUCAACCUCACCACAACCUCCCUCCUCCGCCCCCAACUCACAACCCCAACAACCCCAACAACCCGCACCCAACCAACCCCCCCUCCCCCGCUUCCUCGAAAACGACCCCGCGCGCACAGGCUACGACCCGACCGUGAAGUGGUGGCUGAACUACUUCCGAAUCAUGACGGGCCAAGUGACCCGCGAAGGCGUCGAACACUACCGGGAAGACCGGUACAAGGCCAACGAGGCCCGCGACUGCGCGCGGUGCGAGGCGGACCGGGCCUACCUAUUCCAAUACUCACCAACGAUCCGGUUCCUGCGCGACAAGGUGGCCGCGCUGAACGGGACGCUGGACGAGGCCAACGUCGUGUGCCGCCGGUGCCCCGCGCGCGUGGCCGAGGACGGGCGGGUGGUAAGGCAGGGCGGCGGGUUCAGUCCCGAUCAUGGGAUUCUGAUCUGCGCGAAUGAGAUGCGCGAUCGCGGGCAUCUGGAGGAUACGCUCGCGCAUGAGAUGGUGCAUGCGUGGGAUCAUUUGAGGUGGAAGGUGGAUUGGACGGGGGGCGGGAAUUUGAGGCAUGCUGCGUGUACUGAGAUCCGCGCGUCGAUGCUUAGCGGAGAGUGCCGCUGGACGAGAGAGACCAUGACUCGCGGCAACUGGACACUGACACAACAAUUUCAAAACUGCGUGCGGAUGCGGGCGAUACAGUCUGUCAUGGCGCGGCCGGCGUGCAAGGACGAUGUACAUGCGACCAAGGUCGUCAACGAGGUGUGGGAUUCGUGCUUUUCAGACAAGAGGCCAUUCGAAGAGGUGUAUCGCUGAGUCUCUGAGUGGUAUCUCCCCACUGUAAAUGUAAAAAUGCUUGUACUUGUAACGGAUCUCCCUGCGGAAACAGACGAUGCAACGCGGCCUACAGCGCAUGGCUGAGGGCGUGGAAAUUAAAACAAACAAGGCCGGAUUGGCUGCGCCAUGCAAUGAACUCCUGACAGUGUCCCCGGUGAACCCAACCCCAAACGCCACUCGCUGACUCCCGAAAUCGCAGACGCCUCAUUAAUCAUGCUCAACUUAUUUGACAGGCUUCUCCCUGUUGGCCGCCCGCUCGCCCUUCACACAAUGCUUGAUGAUCCAGGGAUGGUUUUGGACCUCCUCAAGGGGAAGCCGCUUCUCCGGGUCGAGCACUAAGAGCU